GAAAAUGGAUGGAAAAUGUCCACAGCGAAAAGUCCAUACAAAGAAAAAGAAAAUUAAAAAGAAAGAAAGAUGGAAGAGUAUUAUUAUAAGUUCUCACAUGUAGGCUAAGACAACACCAGCAAUGGCUUCUUCAGCUCUUUUACGACUUUACUCUCUUUUACUUCUUUUUCCUCUCUUUCCAGUUGUUUUUGCCAUCAACAAAUCUAACUGUAAUGUUGAAUUGGGCAAAACUUUGUCAGUAGGAAAUGACAUUAAUUGGCCUUCACAAUCUGGUGAUUUUGCCUUUGGAUUUCAACGAGUCGAAAAAUCUAAUGAUGGAAAUAUGUUGUUCCUGCUAGCCAUAUGGUUCGAUAAAAUACCAAAUAAAACUAUAGUUUGGUCAGCUAAUGAUGGUGUUCCAGCAAGGGAAGGAUCAAUAGUUAAACUGACCAAAGAUGGGGGGGUUCAACUCUUUGACCCCGAAGACAACGUCAUAUGGAACGCUACAACCAACGUUGCAGGAUCGAAAUCCAAUUGUGCUGCUAUGCUUGAUACGGGGAACUUUGUAGUUCUAAACGAAGAUUCUUUUCCGAUAUGGGAGAGUUUCCAAGACCCACGUGACACAAUCUUGCCAGGACAAAUAUUGGCCAACGAAGGGAAGCUUUGGUCUCGCUUGUCAGAGACAAAUUACACUAAUGGACGAUUCUUGCUUCAUAUGCAGGGCGAUGGCAAUCUUGUGAUGUACACUGUAUCAAUGCCAACCGGAGACAAGAACGGGGCUUAUUGGGCUAGUGGAACUUUGCAAGCUAAUUCCAAAGCUCAAUUGAUCUUUGCUGAGAGUGGUGAAUACAUUUAUGUGGAAGAAGGGACUCGAAAUGUAUACAACUUUACAAUAGACAAGACGGGUUUAAAACAAAAUUCCUAUCACAUGGCAAGGAUCGACAAUGACGGAGUCUUCAGACUAUAUAAUCACCCAAAAUCGACCGGAGCCCAAAGUGAUUGCAGCUUGUCUUGGUCAGCUGUACAACACAUUCCCGAUGAUGUUUGCUUAAUCACAGGGAGUCUCGGCAGUGGCGCGUGUGGAUACAAUAGCUAUUGUGUUGACAUUGAUAGCAAGCCCACAUGUUUAUGCCCAGAUGGGUAUUCACCCGUGGAUCCAUUUUACAUCCAAAGAGGCUGCAAACCGAUUUUUCCCGUACCUAGUUGCCAAGAAGAUGGAUGGGAGACAAAGCCAGAGAUGAUAGAUUUUAAGGAAUUAAAUGAUAUAGACUGGCCAUUAGCAGAUUAUGAACUACAGACUGCAGGAAACAAAGAGACUUGCAUCGAAUAUUGCCGCAACGAUUGCUUCUGUGCUGCUGCGAUUUAUGGUGGGAAUAGUUGUUGGAGGAAGAAGUUUCCUCUUUCCAAUGGAAGAAAAACCAUUAGUUUAAAUAAAACAGCUCUGAUAAAAGUACCUAAGGGAUAUCCAGGUAAGAAAGAUAAUUCCACCUUGAUCCUCGUUGGAUCAAUAAUCCUUGGCAGCUCUUUAUUUUUCAAUUUCCUUCUGCUGUUAGGCAUUUCAGUUUGUGCUUUCAUCUCAUAUCGGAAGACAUUGCUAAAUAUGCAGUCAAGGUCAAACACUUCUGCAAUGAAUGUGACAAGCUAUGGAUACAAAGAGCUUGAAGAAGCAACCGGUGGCUUUAAACAGAAACUGGGACACGGUGCUUUUGGAACAGUUUAUAAAGGGGUCUUACCAUCAGAUCAUCGGAGGUUUGUCGCGGUCAAGAAGUUGGACAAAGUGGUACAAGAAGGAGAGAGAGAAUUCAAAACAGAAGUAAGUGUGAUCGGCCAGACUCACCACAAGAAUUUAGUCCGAUUGCUUGGUUAUUGUGAUGAAGGGGAGCACCGGCUUUUGGUAUAUGAAUACAUGAGCAACGGCUCCUUAGCAAGCCUUCUGUUCGGGAUCUCUAGGCCCGAUUGGAACCAAAGAGUACAAAUUGCAUUUGGAAUUGCAAGAGGGCUAAUGUACUUACACGAAGAGUGCAGCACCCAAAUCAUCCAUUGUGAUAUAAAGCCUCAAAACAUACUGUUGGAUGAGUACUUCACGCCCAGGAUAUCAGACUUCGGAUUGGCAAAGCUUUUGUUGGCUGAGCAAACUCGAACUGCACGCACAGGCAUAAGAGGGACAAUCGGGUACUUUGCUCCUGAAUGGUUUAGGAAAGCUUCCAUCACGGUUAAGGUAGAUGUUUAUAGUUUUGGGAUGAUGUUGCUCGAGAUCAUUUGUUGCAAGUCAAGUGUUGCAUUCGGCAUGGGUCAAGAGUUAGCACUAGUAGAUUUUGCCUAUGAUUGCUACUGCAAAAGAAAGCUAGACAAGUUGGUCGAAAAUGAUGAGGAUGCAAGGAGUGACAUGAAGAGAGUAGAGAGACUAGUGAUGGUUGCAAUUUGGUGCACUCAAGAGGAUCCUUCAAUCAGGCCUUCAAUGAGAAAGAUCACACAAAUGUUGGAGGGAGUGCUUGAAGUUUCAGUUCCUCCACGACCUUCAAUAUUUAGUACAUCUUGAUUCUUAAAUAGUCCAAGUUCAUUUGCCUUCACAUAAGCACAUUUCAAGUUACUUAUUUCUUUGUCAUUUAAAGUUGUAAGUAGGAAUAGUCUAAAGGUUCCUAUAAGUUGUUGAGAUUUUCUAUUAUAAAUAAACUCAAUUUGGCUUCCAAAAAAGAAAAGAAUAUGUAGAUUUGAUUUCAACAUUCUGUCUUCUUCUUCUUUUUUCCUCUU